AUGACCUCUGCAUAUCCGGUUCGCAAUGGUAUCGGAGCUUCGCCCAAGGAGUACAGCCUCUACCGGAUGGGUCUGGCGACCCUCGCCGUCGGCAAUCCGACAGCGACUACGCGCGGAGAGCUCAUCGAUACCGAUGUCAUGAACGCUUUCAUCGCCGACAGGCGCGAUAGUACCAAGAAGCUGGAACUCCAGGACUUUGGCAAGCAGGUGCUACGUUCCGGCGCCCUGCGGACCUGUCUACAGAAGAACCCUUGCGCGAGGAUGGGCGCCGACAUCGCCGACAACAUCGCCGACCUCACGUUCCUGGCCUUGGUGGGCAUCCGGGCUGGCCUGAGGAUCAAGAAACUCGAGGAUGCCAGGUUCUUCUACAUCUUCGUUGGCUGGAUGGCGCUCUAUGGCGGCGGCAUGUCUGAUGCUCGCAAAUGGGUCAAGAAGACGUUCGAGUGGUACCUCCCGGCAGCCAUCGUGGGAUGGAGGGUUCACCAACAACAAGCGCACCUUCGCGCGCUGGAUGGGAAGCUUCAGUGGCAACGGGACGCCGCUCUGGCGGCUUCCGCUAGCUCCACCCCUUCAUUUGCUCAUCUCCCUAUCGCUGGUCCUGCUAUUGUACCCCCCUCUGCCACCGCUGGCCCGGCACCAUCUACGUCUCCGUCGCCGUCGACACCGACUGUAUCACACGCUGAAGGUGGACCAAGCAGCAUGAACGCGGACAGUUUCGAUUUCGGCGCUGUGUACCUCAACCUGCCGCACCUCGAGCUGCUUUGA